AAAUGUUCUACGAGUCUCUUAACGCUCCAUCUCCGUGGAUGGAGAUGGAGCUUACCCACUAGGUUACGGAGGUAUGAAGCUUUCGGCCUCAGUGAGCGGACUGGGUGCGCUCACGACCUGGAGGGCGAGAUGAGACGUUCCUCGGUGUGAAGUGGCCGUGACUACCCCAGCACUUUGCGUUCCACGCGCGGGCGACGAAACACGCUCUCGAGGGGAGAGAGCCGUGCGUCCUCUGGGCCGUGAAGCCGGGGGAAGAGGGUUCCUCUAGACGGCUCGACGUGCCCGGGAGAGACACCCGCGCUGAACCUGCAGGCUGGGGCGCUCCACCAGCGCGAACCUCUGACCCUGCACUUGCCGCAGCUUUGGUCCCGUGGUAGGCGGGGUGGGCGGGCCGGCAAAUCCGCGGCUCCUGCGUCUAUUGGCCUGCUCGGGGCAGCGCAGCUCCGCAUUGGCCAGGCCCUCGCUCCGCCCGGCUUCCGCGCGCCCAUUGGUCGCAGGCUCCCGACCGGGUGGCGGCCGCGCGCUCCGCCCGCCGCUGCGUCCCCACUAUGGCGGCGCCCAUGCAGCCCACCGCGUCGUGGGCGCCCGCCGGGGUUCCCCGCGGCUGUCGCCGCCGCCUCCGCCGCCGCCUCCGCCUUCCUGCCCCGCGUCGGGCCGGGCGCCACCUUUCCCCUGCCUCCCUCUCUGCUGUGGUCAUUUAAGAAAUCAUAAAUCAUGUGAAGAUGGGACUCUUGGUAUUUGUGCGCAAUCUGCUGCUAGCCCUCUGCCUCUUUCUGGUACUGGGAUUUUUGUAUUAUUCUGCGUGGAAGCUACACUUACUCCAGUGGGAGGAGGACUCCAAUUCAGUGGUUCUUUCCUUUGACUCCGCUGGACAAGCACUAGGCUCAGAGUAUGAUCGGUUGGGCUUCCUCCUGAAUCUGGACUCUAAACUGCCUGCUGAAUUAGCCACCAAGUACGCAAACUUUUCAGAGGGAGCUUGCAAGCCUGGCUAUGCUUCAGCCUUGAUGACGGCCAUCUUCCCCCGGUUCUCCAAGCCAGCACCCAUGUUCCUGGAUGACUCCUUUCGCAAGUGGGCUAGAAUCCGGGAGUUUGUGCCGCCUUUUGGGAUCAAAGGUCAAGACAAUCUGAUCAAAGCCAUCUUGUCAGCCACCAAAGAGUACCGCCUGACCCCUGCCUUGGACAGCCUCCGCUGCCGCCGCUGCAUCAUCGUGGGCAAUGGAGGCGUUCUUGCCAACAAGUCUCUGGGGUCACGAAUUGACGACUAUGACAUUGUGGUGAGACUGAACUCAGCACCAGUGAAAGGCUUUGAGAAGGAUGUGGGCAGCAAAACGACCCUGCGCAUCACCUACCCCGAGGGCGCCAUGCAGCGGCCUGAGCAGUACGAGCGCGAUUCUCUCUUUGUCCUCGCCGGCUUCAAGUGGCAGGACUUCAAGUGGUUGAAAUAUAUCGUCUACAAGGAGAGAGUGGCCCCACUGUGGCCCUCCUCUGACCACAGCCUUUGCCAUGGAGUAAAGAAGAAUAUGCAGAGCCAAGAGGAAUGUGCCCACCCCAGGCCCAUCUGCCUUGAGAGACCACUAUCAGAAAUCUCUGAGGAAACUACACCAGGACAGUGGCAGAUGAGAAAGAAUAAAAGGAGCACUGGACUGGCGCUGUGUUGGGCUCCCAGUUCUCCAGUGCAGAGCUCCCUGGGAUUUGUGACCUAAAACAGGGCCCCUUCCCCCAGGGUCCCAAUAUGACUCUCAGCUGCUGCUGGCGGAGUAAGAACCUAGGGCAGUAAGACCUCAGCGCAGUGAGCCACGAAGGGCAGAGGCAGAGGUGGCCUGCUCCAAGGAGGAGGCCUGCCCAGCUCACUCCCUGCCACGCAGAGGCAGCAAGUCAGGAAGGGCUGCCUAUGUGGGAGAGAAUUUUCAUCUCACACCAGUAAUCGUGACACACUCAGUAUCCUCAAAUCUAAGCAGUCACAUCCGGCAUUUCUCCUCCCAGGAAAGAGUAAAGAUGAGAAGAGAGGUGGCAGCUUUCCCCUCCCCAUCAGAUCGCCAAGGGGACUGAGUUAAUCAAAUUUACUACCGUUUGAGAUAGUGGUUUAAAUCCAGGACUUACAGCAUAUGGAACAGACCAAGAGGGAUUGUUUCAGAGAGGGCAUCUCGUGCAGAAAACCAGGCUGUGAAGUCAAACGCAGCGCAGAUUCUCGCCAGCUAUGUGUGUACCCUAACAAGUCCCCUCACCUCUCUGGGCCUCGGUACCCUCUGAAAGAUGGGACCUGGGCACCAGAGAGACUCCUGAGAGCUCCCUUAGUGCUCUUAGAGGAGAGAGGGGAGGUCUCCUUUAUCUUUGAGCCCUAACCCCUCAGACUUGCAGAGGUGGGAGCUGCAGCGAUGAUAUAAAUGGUAUGGCGGAAAGAAUGCCGUUUUGGAGUCAGGACACUCGGGUUUCAAUCCACUUGCAGCCACCUGCAGGCUGCUUGACCUUGAACGUGUUUCAUCUUGGGGCCUGUACCUGUGAAGUGGGUGAAAGUUAAAGAGAUAAUAAAGUAACCCUUGUGAAGCCAGCCUGGAGCCGCCUCACACCCGCCCCCAGCUGUGCCCAGUCCUGGUUCCCCCUGCUCCUCCCGAGCAGCCCCUGUGCUUUCUCCCUCCUCUUCAGGUGUGUGCGGGGCAGGCACGGGCAGGAACCCCAGGUGGGAAGCUGUUGGGGCCUGCUGGGUCUGGAGAAGGGACAGGGUCUGUGCUGUGCUUGGCACAGGCUGGCGCCUGCCGUUCCUGUCAGUCCACAUCUGGCCCACCCAAGAGGGGCUUCCCCUCAGCUAUGCCUAAGGUCUUGACUAUUUCUCCACCCUUCCCUUUCCUACUGUCUCCCAGCAUCCCUCCCUUUCCCUCCCUUACACACACCCCACUUCUGGAGACAGGAGCAGGAAAAAGGGGUCGGCUUGUUCAGCCUGACGGGCUGAAACCGAAGUUUGCCACAAGGGCCCAUCUUUUGAACUGACCUUUGGAAGACAGUUUGCCAGAGAAAGAGAUGUUGCCACAGAGGUGGGAGCCAUGAGGAGGGAGUGGCUGGAACAGAGACAGUCCACCAAAGGAGCAGCAGCAGAAGAGGCUGAAGAGCUGCUGGUCACUGGGGGCCCUGGGUGGAGAUCAGAUCUCCUUUAGUAACCAUCACUGAUGCCUCUUUGUUGCCUAUGCUGGACCAGGCCCUGGGCUACAGAGGUGAAUCAGAUGUGAGCCCCUGCCCUGUGGGGCUAGUGUGCACUCAGCCUGGAUUGGCUCAUUUAAUUCUUGCAAUAGUUUGUAAGCUAAAUAGUCAUGGUGUCCCUCGUUUGUCCAUAAGGAAAUGGUACAUUCCUUGCUCAGGAUCUGCACAUGGUGAGUGAGCAGAGCUGAAGUUAAAUCCUAGGACCAAGGAUCUGAACUCCAUAUUUUACCACCUUUUGAAGGUUAGAUGUCAGUUCUGCCUUGGGGUGGAGGGGGUCAGGAAAGACAUAAAGGAGAAGCAGCUGCUGAGUCUUAGAAAAUGGAUGGGUCAUGUGGAUAGAGGUGGGAAGGACAUUAGAGACAAGGAGCAGCACCAGCAAAAGUGUAGGGCAUGAAUUAGCAAGUGGGGACUUCAGAUGGACAGAGACUGAAACAAGAGACAGAUGGGUUACUGGCUAAAGGCUCAGCUCUUCUGUAGGCAGUGGUGAUGUGAUCUGAUUUGUACAUGGAAAAUCAUUCUGGCAGAGAGGAAGUGGUUUGAGAGGCCAGGCGCAGUGGCUGACGCCUGUAAUCCCAACACUUUGGGAGGCCGAGGUGGGCAGAUCACCUGAGGUCAGGAGUUCAAGACCAGCCUGGCCAACAUGG